AUGGCAAUGCUUAAGCGCGCUAUUAGCAUCGGAAGAAGCGGAGGAGGUCUGAGUUAUCGUUCACUUUCUUCCGGGAAGUCCAAAUCUCUCCACCAUGUCGAUACAUUAGGAAUGGUUAAGGCUCUUGAGGCGAUCAACGUACCCUCGACACAAGCGGAAGCAAUAACCGGCGCCUUCACCAGUGGCCUUGAGUCAGUGAUGGAGAAGGUCAAAUCCGACAUCGCCAAAUCCGAGGAGUAUCAAUCAACUCGUAUUGCAGAAGAGGUUCGAAUGCUGCGAGCCGAUAUUGCUACAAUGCAAGCCGAUCGGAGGUGUGAUCAUGAUAUCCUCAUACACAAAGUUGACCAGGGUUUUACUCAGUUGAAAUAUGAGUUCCAAGCAUCACAUUAUGGAGUCUUGAAGGUUGCUAUAUGUACAAUUGCUUCUGUGACAGCAACUGGGGCCUGCAUCGUAUUCUUGUUGUGA